AUGCCGCGGCGUGACCAUUCAACCGAAGAACAUGUGUUGUCAGAGGUAUCGGCCGGGGCCCCAGGAGGGCCAGACAGGAUCACGCAUGGCGAAGCUGAUGGGGAUGAGUGGCAAGCCGAUAACCGUGAGAAUGGGAAUAUAAAUGAGGAUGGGUCCAGGGGUAAUCUUCUUGCGCAAGUGGAAAUUAUGGAGGGUGCCACCAUUGAGGAACUUGUGGACCGGGUUGAAAUCAAGCUGGAUGAACCAUGUUCAAAUUUGCCUGUAUUACGUGCGCAAGAGCUAAAAAUUAUUGGCCGUUGUGUGACCUUUCUCGGCGAGACCACUGUUGAGGGUCAGCGGUUGUUAUUACACUAUGAAGGAGUGGUAGCAAUGAUUACUAAAGACACGGUGGUAUUGCUUCAGGUGCAUAGAUACACGAAAGAAGACUUUGCAAAGUAUCAGGAGAGGCUCCAUGCAGAGAAAAAGGCGCAUAAGAAAGACGCUGAGGGGGGAAGGUAUCGUGACGGUGAUCAGCAUGAGUCUGGAGCAUUGCUUGGGAGUGCGGAAAUGAUGCAUUUUUCCCCGACUGGUGGGUCCAAUAGCAAUGGGGAGGUACAUCAUGAUGCACAGGGUUUUGAUUGCAAUGUUCUUGUCUCUCAAGACGCACGAGAAAAUCCGGAAGAAUCAGAGCCAGAACAGCCCCUGACACGUCAAAACCGUCUACUGGGUACAAGAACUAUGGGACCGGUGCCAUACAUGACUUUUUCGCGCCGCCGUAUUCAUGAUGUGGUCUUUGGGCAGGAUCCACCGUGGUCAUUUUACUCCAUUUUUCAAGACCCCUCACGGAAAUUUUUUGAUAUGCAAUGCUUGCGAAUGUUUGUUCGGCGCUAUCUCGUGCAUACUAGUCAAAGAAACAAUCCACGCAACAUGAAUUUGCGUCCUUUUAUUGAGUGGAGAUGCAGCUGUAAGGAAAUUGAUGAUGAAUUACUUCUCAGCAUUGCCAAGCAGGAGUUAACAUAUCUUAUUAAGACGGAAAGGGAAAUAGCAAAGGCCGCUGAACGCUCACUCAUUAGCAGAAGAAAUCUUUUAAACGCGUAUGAAUCUUCCCAUCGAUUAUUCCGUUCAACAGGUAUUCUUUUCCUUACACGUAUUCCUGCCCAAACAUUUUCUCUUGCAGUACUUGAAAUGUUCGUAGCACUCUUGCUGCUUGCAUUUUCAGUGUACUCCUUCACGACGGCACCAUCUUUGGUGAUAUAUGGCUACGUGAGGGAAUAUACAUUCUCGGUGACAUUUGCUAGCAUUAUCAGCCUAGUAGCAAGCGGUAUGACGGCAUCUCACUCCCUUCGAAUGCGGUUGCCACUAACGUUUUCGAUUUACACUGCACUUCGACUUGUGGCAACAACACUGGCAAUUGCUCUGGAUACGAUGACCUUAGUCAUGAUAGGGGGGGCAGUGACCUAUUCCCGCAUACUUGGAUAUCUCUACGGGGUUGCGCAAGAAUCAGCUGAGCUGUGCUAUUAUUAUUUACUCCACAAUUGUACAGGAUUUGGUGAGACGUGCGCACAAAAUGACUCGUCUGUUCUAUGUAUGCAAUUGUGCCCUUCAAAUCGCAACAACAGUUGUACCCAGCUGCUGACAUCUACUUUUACUCGCAUUUUUAUUCCGUUCAUCGUGAUUUCUAUGGUGUUGAUAGUCUUGUUUCUGAUUGAUCAUUUUUUGCACUACCAUCUUUUGAAAACGUCAAGGUUGUUGAUGGCACGCAUCUAG